GCGGGACGGGGGCAAUUUCUGUCCCAUUCAGACACAGAGCUAGUAAAAAUAAAAAUAAAAGCGGGGACCUUGUUUAAGUAAAGAAAAUGGAUUAUAGCAGACAACACGGACAAAAUAUGGACACCAGAGAAAGGAAGAGACUUCACAGGGAAUCUGUUUGGCUACAGGAUCACUGCCUCCCCAAGGGACCGUCAACAAAGGAUCCGUGUAAAGAAGGAACCAGGCUUACUGACAGCAAAGAGAGGAGAUCUUCAGUGGCACACAUCAGAUCUGUCAGGGACAAAAGGCCAUUGGCCACGAACCAACAGGCAAAUCUCAGAGCUGGUAGACUCAGAGCUGGUAGACCUGCUGAGAGGAACUGGGAGAAAGCUGUCAGAAAAAGUUCUUCAGCUGGAGUUAAAGUGGCCUCAGUGGUCAAAACCACUGUAAAGAAUGGUACAGAACCUGCACAGAAAAAAAGGAGGAAAAUUCACCCAUCUGGUUUCAGAGGAAAAGGUCAACUCAAACUGACAGUUACUCCGGGCAGCGGGUGGCUCUAUGUCCAAAUUUUGGAGGCCAGGGGACUCAUGGGAAGAGAGUACAAACCAUGCGACUCAUAUGUAAAGAUAAGUAUUGCUCCAGAUGUUGACCACAGGAAGCGAUGGAAGACCAGGACCGUUCUAGACAGCAAGAGUCCUGUUUUCAACGAGACGUUUAUGUUAGAUGUGGAUGAAGACGAUCAGAAGAAGAGGCUGUUGUUAACAGUGUGGAAUCGCAGUCGAACUUCCAGGCGCAGUGACUUCCUGGGCUGUAUGAGUUUUGGUGUCCACUCCCUCAUCACCUCAUCUAAGGAGAUCAGAGGUUGGUAUUAUCUCCUGGGAGAGGAGCUGGGCAGGAGCAAACAUCUGAAAGUGGCCUCGCGUCGCAUCAGACAGACCGCUGAAGCUGCUGCAUCCAACUAUGAAGCUGGACCCGAGACCACAAGUCCAGAGAACAUGCAGUCAUUUACAGUAACCAUUUUGAGAGGAAAAGAUGGUUUUGGCUUCACCAUCUGCUCUGACUCCCCUGUACGGGUCCAGGCUGUUGAUCCAGGUGGUCCAGCUCACCAGGCGGGUUUACAGCAGCUGGACACAUUACUGCAGCUGAACGGCCAGCCGGUUGAACACUGGAAGUGUGUGGAUCUGGCUCAUGCCAUCAGGAAUUGCUGUAAUGAGAUCACAGUGGUGGUUUGGAGGACAGUGCCUAUUAUGAAGCCUUAUUACGAGGGGCUUAUCCACAGGCCUUCCUACAAACCCUCCGGAUUUGAUUCUCUCUCAACGGCAAAGACUCAAAGCAAAACCCCACCUUUACUCUCUCGACCCACCAAACACAAACAGGGUCGUCGUAAGAAAGGAAGCGGUUCUGAUAACACGGGAAACGGAGAAGGAGAGUCGCUGUGGUCUUGGACUGGCAAACGAGAAGAAAAUGACUACAAAACGCGCACACAGACCCUCAAAGGGACCCGCGUGACAUCUUCAAACGGCGACAACUAUAUCAUCCUCUCUCCUGUCAGUCCUGGAAACCAGAUCUUGCAGCCGGUGUAUUCUGACUCCAAUGGCACACUGGGAACUCUGGGAAGAAUCUAUCAGACUGGCAGAGGACUGCAGCAGAGCCCAGACUACCUGCAGAAUGGGGGGCUGCAAGCACAAGCCACCUUGUGCAGGUCGAUGAACAGUAAGACCACCAGCAUGCCUCCUUCAUCCUACAGACAGAGCUUUGCCAACUACCAGAACUGCACCAUCGUCCAGUCCCACCUGCCUCACUCCAACUAUGGCACAUACGUCAGCCUGGCCCCCAAGAUUCUCAUCUUCCCAGUUUUUGUUCAGCCGCUGGACCUUUGCAGCCCUGAGAGAGUCCUGAUGUUGUCAGAGGAAAUGAUUCUUCAUGACAGUAAACACAUAGCUCUUAAGGUUACAGUGUUCAUCUACACGGACCUGAUGCUGUUGACCAGGGAAGAUGAACCGGGCCGGUGUAAUGUCCUACAGAGUCCACUUUACCUCCAUGAGAUACAGCUGCAGGACGUUCCUGCAGACAAACUGCGCCUGUACAUCUCCUACUGGAUAGAGAGGACCGAAUGUCUGUUCAGCCUGGAAGCCUUUUCAUCCGAGCAGAAGAGGAGGGUCGUUCAGUGUCUGAGAGACAAUAUUGACAAGCAGCUCACCCUGAGGGACAGAAUAGGCCCCGACCAGAUGCUGGAACCAAAAGCAGCUGAACAGGCUGAUCUGGGUCUGCUGGGCUUCAGCCCUCACAGUGUGUCUGAGCCCUGUUCCCCAUCAUGCCCCUCUGCAUCGCCCAUCAUGAGAAGAACCAACUGCAGCUCUCCAGCUCAGCGGCUCUCAUACCCAGACCUGCACUGCAGCACCGGAGACGCCAACCAAACCUCUCCGACCUCUCGAGAUGCCUGCAAACCUCCAUACCUGGACACCUCCGAGAUCUGGAAGGACAGACAGAAGGAGGUGAAAGGAGGUGGCCAAGUGUCAGAACUGGAGAAAAGGGAGCAGGGGGAGGGAGAGAGUGCUUCUGAGACCAUCAGUGUUGGCGCCAGACCUACAUCGUCAUCGUCAUCUUCCUCACCUCUAGUCAUUCCCAGGCUGAUCCUGGAUCGUUCCUUCAACACAGAUGCUUUGACCUCACCGUCAACUGACGAUGAUGAAGAGGAGGAGGAGGAAGAUGAUGAGGACGCAGAUGAAGGCUUUCUGAAAAGGAGGAGUAUGGUGGAAUCAUCUCCUAGCAGUGGGCAGCAGAGCGGGGGCUUGUGUGUGCAGAGGUCCCUCCACAGACGGACGCACAGCGAGGGCAGUUUGCUGCAGGAGCCUCGGUCUCCUCGCUUCAUCUCCGAUCAGGCCAUCGACUGCAUAGAGGCCAAGCGGGAACCUUCGGAGCGCUGGGCGGUUCCCUCCCCGCAGACCCUGAGGAAAGAGCUCACCAAGAACGGAGGAUCCGUCCACCAGAUCUGCCUGCUCUUCACUGGAAGAAGGGUUUGUGGCAAGCCGAACUGUAAAUGUGACACAGGAAAAACUGGUGUCAAAAAGAAGAAAUCCAAGAAUUUGGCCAAAGACAUGAAAAACCGCCUGACUUUUCUGCGGAAGAAGACCAACGACAGACAUGGAAGCAAUCCAGCCAGCAAGCUUGAGAAAGUCCUCAAGUCAGACAAACCGACUCCAGAGGAAGCUCUCAGAUGGGCAGAGUCACUUGAUGCACUGCUUUCCCACAAAUAUGGCCCAUUGGUUUUCCGCUCCUUCCUGCAAACAGAGUUUAGUGAAGAGAAUCUGGACUUUUGGUUGGCCUGUGAGGACUUCAAGAGGAUCAAAUCACUGUCCAAAAUGGCAACCAGAGCAAAGAAGAUAUUCACGGAGUACAUCUCCAUACAGUCCUGUAAAGAGGUUAAUCUGGACUCGUACACCAGGGAGCACAUCAAGGAAAACAUGGAGAACAUCUGUGCAGACUGCUUUGACCUGGCUCAGAGCAGAAUCUUUGGACUAAUGGAAAGAGACUCAUACCCUCGAUUCCUCCGCUCUGACAUUUACCUGGAGUUAACCAACCAAAAGAGACCCAGCUCUGUUACAGAUCCGUCUUAAAGCUAUGACGACAAACCGUAGACGUUGAACUUUUUAGAUCAGUAUUGCUGGAGACAUAGUAGAACAGGACGUGUCUACAAUCACAAAAUCCACUGAUGCACAGCUUCAUAUUGAAACGUCACUCAAUUAAGUACCUUGGAGAGCUCAGCCCGAUGGAUCAUUGUUUGGACAGGUUUAAGAUGCUUCUGUGCUGCACCCUGUUGGACGGUUGCGGCAAUAUGAUGACAAUAUCGCGUUAUGAAUAUGCUGGAAAUGUUGACUCAAAUCUAUUUGCCAGUGCCCAAAAUGCCUUGCUACCUGAUGACCCACUGGCAGUACAGAGAGGAUGCAAUGCAUGAUGGGUAUAGGGAAAAAAAGAGAAAUUUUGGUACCGUUUUGUUCAGCUUUACCAAGAGACUUUUCACUUUUCUUUCCUGCACAGACCUCAGCAUACUCCACUUUUACAAAGAUCCUAGUGAGAUGACAUUGGAUGGAACUAAGUAUUAGUUAACAUUAAUGUCCUUUUUUAUCUGAGUCGCAGCUGACAGCAUGUUUAUAUUCUCUCAAUACUAAUGACAGAACACUAAUUCUUAUUACUUUCAAGGGCUUUGGUAACAUUUCCUCAUCUGUUCUUCAUGUAGUGGUCCCAUGGCUCCUAACCCCUUAAGUGCAAUAUACAAUUAGUUAUUCUUAUUAAUAUUUCUUUAACAAAACAGUAUAUUAAAGGGGUCAGAAGUGUAUAUAUAUAUAUAUAUACACACACAAUUGUACAAAUGCUCUCCCAAAAUGCAUCACACAGGCUUAUUAAGCGAACGAAAAUGUGAUUUUCUGAUGUAAAUAACAGGCCGAGAUAUAUGGAUUAACAGUUAUAGUGAUGUUAAAACUAAAGGUAUUCUGUUUGUUGUCGUUGCUAUUAGACGGUUGAUCACACAUCAGAAACCAGAAUAACAUAACAAGAAGAUGCCAGAGUUUCUGUUUAAUAGUGGCUUAACAUAGAGAAGCAUGUGUUGUACAUAGACGUAUGUGUUCUGUGUUGAUUUACACGUUUAUUUACCAGAUAGACUCAUGUUUGGCAAAUACAGUGUCAGUUUCCUCCUGCCUUCAUCCUAACAUUCUCCUUCCUUCUGUAAUAAUAUAUUUUGUAUUUAUUUGUGUGGACAUAUUUCACUCACCGCUGCCUUCAUAUUGUAACAUACUCUCAUCAAAUAAAAUGACAUUCAAGCAUGA